GAUUACCUAGUCCCGAUCACACCACUGCAUUUCCAUUCGAACAAAUCUUUACCUUCAUUUCCGUCCACUCUCUACCUGAGCUCGACCCGGCACCACGGACUCUCUCUGACCCUUGCCUUGCCGCCUUCCUGACCACACUCCAUGGCGGUCCAUACCAUCAAUGCGGACGUGCAUUACGCAUCUCUGACUGGCCUUUCCAUAUCACUCGGCCUUUCCGCCGUCGCCCUCGUCCUCGGACUCUCGUCCCUCCUUUUUCUUGGUUUGAUAUGGUGUGUUCAGGAUUAUCGUGCCUUCAAAGCACUGGGGCCAGGUGGGCCGCCAUAUAACAUCCGUGGAUGGAUGACGGUUGCGUUUCUCGUGAAACCAUUCACACUGAGCGCACGUGAUACCACUUGGACUGGCGAUUAUCCAACCUCCGGUGCCCACAAGAGCCUCUUGGCCCUACCGCUGAGAAAAGGUGGACGUCCUGAUGUGCGAGGCAUAGCUCCUCAACGACAAUUUAGUCAACGUCCUCUGCCAGAAAUGAAUCAACGUAUCAUUGGACUUCUGACCGCCUCCGUCAUGAACAAUCCCAAUUUCUUGCAGCAAAGAGUCUCCUCACUCGAAAAGCAUCAUUCAGCGCUCUUUGUCCACCCAUCGCUCCUGCACCAAAAACGUAACCUCCCCCAAACGGCCACGGCGACGAAAGGAGAGAUUGGCCACAUCCACGGAGAUAGUUCUCUUCAUCUAUACCUUUCACCGGCGGACGCCCGGGUGGUCAUUGAGAAAGGAUGGGCUCAGCGACAUCGGUUGGCAAGGACUCAGCCUUGGUGGUAUCCAGGCCGGAAAAGGUUUGUCUGCGGCAUUGGGGACACCUUCUUGAUGAUCUACGCUCCGAGGGACGACAUGGAACUGAGGGUCCUGGAUAUCUUGAUCCGAGCAAGUGCAAGAUUCAUGACUGGCCAGGAAGACAUUAUAUGACGGCGUAGCCACGGUAUGAGACGGGCGCUGUCCAGGGAUGGAACAUAUGCUGGAUCUAAGGUUGCCAUUGUUGUACUUGGCACCUUCCCCAGCGAAGACACGGUGGAUUAGAAGCCGAGGAUCGGUGAAGAAGAAGAAGCGACGCAAAAAGUACCUGACCUAUCGUGCCUCUCCAUGUCGUACUAUAAUAUAAAGUUAGCAGAUGGC